AAUUUUAGCCUUACCUUUUCUUACCUGCCUUUUCCUUUUUCAUCUUUAUGUGUAUAUUUAAUUUUUAUUUUAUCAUUUGAUCAACAAACGUAACAUAUACGGAAAUCAAAGAAAAACAAAAUUAUUUAUAUUUCCCAGGUAACUUAUUAAUUAAUUUCGAAAAAAGUCGAUGAAAAAUGUCGGUAUCUGAGCCAAGUAGAGAUCAUUUCAACAUCGCCGGAGUUCAAAAUUCUCCGGCGAGUAUUCCGGCGGGUUCGCCGGCGAUGCAUUUAGGUUACUCCGGCGAGAUUACGGCGGCGUUUACACAAAUCUCCGGUACACAACCGCCGUACACGGCUGAAGUUCCUGCCGGUGCUGACGUGGCACAGGGUUUGAACAGUAAUUUAGCGGACCCGAUGAAGAGGAAGAGAGGUAGGCCGAGGAAGUAUGGGCCGGACGGGUCAAUGGCAAUUGGUUUGAACCCUAAUGCUUCGCCACCUGUCGCCGGAGCGGGUGGUGGUGCUGACGUGUCUAUGCAGGAGCAGGUGAAUAAUGUGGGACCCGUUUCGCCGAAUUCGAUGAAGAAAAGUAGAGGGAGACCACCUGGUUCAUCAAGCAAAAAGCAACAAAUGGACAAUCUUGGAUCGACAGGAUUUGGAUUCACACCACAUAUUAUCGCUGUGAAAACAGGAGAGGAUGUGGCGUCAAAGAUUAUGUCAUUUUCUCAGAAUGGUCCAAGGGCUGUUUGCAUUUUGUCCGCCAGUGGCGUAAUAUCAAAUGUCACUCUUAGACAAGCUGCCACAUCCGGUGGAACCGCGACCUAUGAGGGACGGUUUGACAUAUUGUCUCUAUCUGGUUCAUUUCUGCUGUCUGAAAUUGGCGGUCAACGGAGCAGAACAGGUGCAUUAAGCAUAUGUUUAGCUGGAUCUGAUGGACGGCUUUUAGGUGGCUGUGUGGCGGGUGUUCUAACUGCUGCAUCACCAGUCCAGGUUAUCGCAGGUAGCUUCGUUGCGGAUGGGCAGAAAGAGCCAAAAUCAGCAAGCCAUUUUGAGGUGUCACCUGCUCCGUUGAAUGCCAAUCUCGGUGGUAUGACGAGGACCAAUAGCCCACCAUCACGUGGCACUUAUAGUGAAUCAUCUGGUGGGCCAGGCAGUCCCCUAAAUCAGAGCGGUCCAGUUUGCACCAACGAUAACCUGCAAGGAAUCUCAAGCAUGCCUUGGAAAUGAGUUUUUUCUGCGCUCUAUUCUGACCAAUGAACUCCUUGUCGACUAAUUCACUGAAGACUCAGAAGGGCUUGUUGUAAUUUUAAUCGGUGUAAUUGUAGUUGUGCAGAAAUAAGGACCAAAUCUUAGUUCAUGUACUGGUGAGAAGUGCCAAUUUGCUGAUGCUUAGGUAGUGAGAAGUGCCAAUUUGCUGAUGCUUAGGUAUUCUGCGUUUUCAUCCUUGUUAAUGUAGCCUUCUGUGUUAAUUAAUCAUGUGACAUGGUUUGGCUUUCUUAUUCUAUAUUAGCUGUUAUCAUGUACUGC